GCUACAGAGUGGACAUGGUCACCUGGAACCAGUACCUCCGCUGGGGCGUCGUCUACAUCCGGCUGCACAGCGGCAGAACCUUCACCGAGGCUCGAGUAGACCAUAAGCUGUUCCGCUUGGAGCAGUACACCUCCACCCGCCUGCUGGCCCAGUUCGACGAGGAUCUGCAGCAGGUCCAGAAGAUCUCGCUCCGCAUCAACACCGGGAACGUGAUUGGACCUCGAUACAAAAUCCGACUGCUGAGGAUCCGCCUCACGCCCCUGGAACAUCCCGAGAGGCCUGUGAUGUGUCGGUUUGACAUCAUCAUGGAGGAGAACAUGGAGGUAGCGUUUCGACCUCUGCCCUGCGACUCUCGCCUCUGACUCCGUCACCACACAAACUCUUUCUUCUACGGUAACACGUCUCUACUCACCCCUGAUCCUUCCGAGGGGAACCCAGACGUCCCCCGGGUGCUGCGGGGGGUUUCCCGGCCCCAGGUGGAACCCCCGGGGGCCCCACAGGACGAGGGACGCAGCCGCCUCACUCGGCUGAUGGAGACGAACAAACCGCUGCUGCGGAGAACGUCUGGUUAUUGGAAAGUCAGCGUGUUGUUAAAGAGACUGAGGUCAGGAAACACGACGGCUCCAGAAACCACCCGUCAGUACAAGUACACACUGAGUACACACAAUAUUCACACAGCAGAAGUAGCACAGUCCAUGUUGAGUAUUUUAUACACUUACAUCUUAAAGAAUGAAUUAUAGAAUCAUGUUUUAGUGACAACAGAGAAAAUAAAGAGCCUCACACGUACGUGACCUGCUUCCAUCAGAAUGUAAACAAAGAUGGCCGACAUGACGGCUCCUGAGAGUGAAGAUUACUAUGAUAACUACAUUAUGACAACGUUAUUCCACAGUGAAGGACUUUCAUUUCAAUAAAGAGAAACUU